AUGAGUGAUACCAUCUUUUCAAGUGAUGUCAUCUUUUUAAGUGAUGUCAUCUUUUUAAGUGAUGUCAUCUUUUUAAGUGAUGUCAUCUUUUCAAGUGAUGUCAUCUUUUCAAGUGAUGUCAUCUUUUCAAGUGAUGUCAUCUUUCCAAGUGAUGUCAUCUUUCCAAGUGAUGUCAUCUUUCCAAUGAUUGAUGUCAUCUUUCCAAGUGAUAUCAUCUUUUCAAGUGAUGUCAUCUUUCCCAGUGAUAUCAUCUUUCUAAGUGAUGUCAUCUUUCCAAGUGAUAUCAUCUUUUCAAGUGAUGUCAUCUUUCCAAGUGAUGCCAUUUUUCCAAGUGAUCUUGAAACAGGAAAAACAAAGAGGACUCGGGUUUUACAUCGUAGUGAGGGUGAAAUAGAGACUGGAUGCUACUCCAGCAAGCAAACACACGAAAUAUUAAAAAAAACAAAACCAAGAAAAUGUCUCUUAUUUAGUGAAGUCAUUGGGUUAUAA